UGCAAACGACUGAAGCUCAAAUGCGACCGCCGGACCCCCUGCAGCUCAUGUCUUAAACGUGACACGGUACAACGAUGCGUUUAUUCUCAGGCCGCUGCAGAGAAGGUGGACGUGCAAACCCUACACAAUCGCAUUAUCGAAAUCGAGAGAGUUUUGGCCCAGCUCCAAUCAACAUCACCGUCG